GAGCCUUUCAUCUUAAUGCUGGAAGUUGGCAACAUUGGUUUAUAAAUUGAGUUGCCUCUUUCUUUUACUUCCUUUUCUUAACAACCGAGCAGCAAAAUGUCGAAGAGAGGACGUGGUGGUACCGCGGGAGGAAAGUUCCGCAUUUCACUCGGUUUGCCAGUGGGCGCCGUGAUGAAUUGCGCCGACAACACAGGUGCAAAGAACCUGUACGUUAUUGCUGUACAUGGUAUUCGUGGUAGAUUGAAUCGUCUGCCAGCUGCUGGAGUUGGUGACAUGUUUGUCGCUACAGUGAAGAAGGGUAAACCUGAGCUGAGAAAAAAGGUUAUGCCAGCAGUAGUAAUCCGACAACGUAAACCAUUCAGAAGGAGGGAUGGUGUCUUUAUAUACUUUGAAGAUAAUGCGGGGGUGAUAGUGAACAAUAAAGGUGAAAUGAAAGGUUCCGCCAUCACUGGUCCUGUAGCGAAGGAAUGCGCUGACUUGUGGCCUCGUAUUGCAUCUAAUGCCAGCUCAAUCGCAUAGUUUUGAAAAUAAAUGAUAUAACACCAACUAGAA